GAUCUCAAUACAGUUUUCCCAAAACUAGAAUAUGUUACGAACAGAGUGGACUAAAUAUUGUAGACUUUACCUUUUGCUAAAGGUUUAAAACAUAGUAGUUUAGAAGGAGUGCAAAGGCGCACUUCACAGAGUAGACGUUCCCCAACGGAAAUAUGCAAAUAUGAGAUUGUACGCGUGUAUAGGAUCUCGCUAGCUCGUGCUUGGCUCUGCCCACCUCCUUGCUUGUUCCGCCCAAUAUGACUCAUUUUUUCCCGUUUGAAACGAUAAGCUUUGGUCUAUCUUGGUUUAGUGGUUUAGUGAUACAAAAUAUUUGCUAUUACAGUACACAGAAGCCAUGAAGACGCACGAGACCGUGCCCUUUAAUGUCACUCUGUAGCUAACAAGUGCUAAUGCUAAGCUAACCAGCUACGUCAGUUGGUGCACCACUAGUCCCGAUCUGUCCAACCCAACUCUUACGAAAUGUGUGUCCACAGACAGUGAAUACAGCUAGGAAGCCACUCCUGAAUGACACAUACUUUUAAGCUGGUUUCAACUGAUAAUAUUGACCUAGCUAGCACGAGCAACUGGUAUGUCUUUCAAAGUAACUUUAUUAGCCAAGCUAGAGGUCGAUGUUUGCUAAAGGUGGACUCAUACAGUUAUUAGAUCAGAGGUGCAAGUUGAGUCUUCGCAGCUAUGGGAAACUCCUGUAGCAACAACCUUGGAAUCCCACCAGCAAAAGGGCCCAAUGCAGUGGGAUGUUCAGAUUUCAUGAUGGAUCACACUGUAGAGGGAACAUUCUUUCGGUUAUACUAUCCAUGUGUAGCAUCCGACAAUGCUGAAAAACCAGACUGGAUCCCAUGUAAAGGAUAUUUCUAUGGGCUUGCAGACUUCAUGAAAAUCAACAGAGGGCUGAGUGAAAAGAUUUUCAAUUACCUCUUUGGAUCUUUCAAGAUACCUGCUGCCCUGAAUGGCCCAUAUAAACAAAAUGGGAAGUAUCCAGUAGUCAUCUUCUCUCAUGGACUUGGAGCUUUCAGAACUUUAUAUUCAGCCAUAUGCACAGAACUGGCCUCACAGGGCUUCAUAGUGGCAUCAGUGGAACACAGGGAUGAAUCAGCCUCUGCAACAUUCUUCUACCAUGAAAAGUCUCAAGAGCCUGAGAAAGAUGAGGCGUCGCUGUCGCCGCCUAAACCCAACCCUGAGGCCCCAGAGAACCUGGUAGAGGAAUGGAUGUACUACCGAUCUCUGAAACCAGGCGAGAGUGAAUUCCCCCUUAGGAAUAAACAGGUGAAACAGCGAGCUGACGAGUGCAUAAAGGCUUUGGAUACACUCAUCCAAAUCAACUCAGGAAAAAAGAUGGAGAACGUGCUUCAGACAGAUUUUGACUGGACGACUUUGGAGAACUCUAUGGACUUGUGCCGGAUAGCGGUGAUGGGCCAUUCUUUCGGGGGAGCAACAGUGAUCGAAGCCCUCUGCAAAGACGUCAACUUCAAGUGUGGCAUUGCCCUGGACGCGUGGAUGUUCCCCCUGGAUGAAGAGAUCUAUGUCAGGGUAAAGCAGCCCAUCUUCUUCAUCAACUCUGAGAAGUUCCAGUGGGCCGGGAACAUCAGUCGCAUGAGGAAACUGGACUCCUCCUCCACCUCCAUGCAGAGGAAAAUGAUCACCAUCAAGGGAACCGUUCACCAGAGCUUCCCAGACUUCACCUUCCUGACUGGCAACUGGAUAGGGAAGAUCCUGAAGCUGAAAGGAGAGCUCGACCCUCAGGUCGGCAUCGAUCUCUGUAAUAGAGCAUCGCUAGCGUUCCUGCAGAGACAUCUAGGUUUAGAUAAAGACUUCAAUCAAUGGGACCAUCUAAUAGAGGGCAAGGACCACAACCUCAUUCCAGGCACCAAUGUCACUGAAAUAUCUUAGUUCAGUUCUAUCUGAACUAUGGACCUUACACACAGAGGGAUGUAUGGUUUCUAGCCAAUUCCACUAACGCAACGUGCCAAUACUUGUUGCUCUGAGCCUUGAAUGUUGUUUCAAUCAUGGAUAUGUCAAAUUGAUGCACAGCAAUUUCUACUACAGUCAGUCUUUACCAGUACCAAAUGAUGAUUGCUUGGAGAGGAGGUAUACUGUAUCUCCAAGUAAUGUCGAGCUAAACAGGGUUUACGGUUUUGCAGGAACACUGCACUCAUCAGUAUCUUUGUACCUGAACUAAUUAUGGUUGUGUGGUAUAACAUUUUACACCUGUAUGGGAUAUUAAGUCAAUUUUGUUAAGGCAGGAGGCUUUGGAAAUAUAGUGACCCCUAGAUGGUUAAUUUAGGACUUUGAUUAUUUGGUAUUUAUGUAUCUAGCGUGAUUGCACAGAAUAGAUUGAGAGAACGUAGCAGUAUACUACUUUAAAAGACGCAACAAGAAUAACAAAUUGAUGACAAUAUUAGGUCACAAGUAAAGGAUGAGAUGUUUGAUUCCUUUGAACCAGAUCCAUAAAUAUGCCAUGUGCCUUAAUCUACCUGUAUUUCCAUCCUCCUGGGUCCUAUUCAUUAGGCACUAAAUGGAAGAAAACUCACUAAAACAACCUGAACUUGUCCAAUGAGGAACACUCCUUUCAGUUUUCUGUUGCAAAACUUUGUGUGCCCAAACAAAUACGGCCCUGGAUCACUCAAAUGUAACAGCUUUUCUUCUAUACUUCAUUUCCAUGUGUUUCAAUCCAUUAAUCAGUCUGAAAUAUUUUCAUUUGUACACUACUGUAAUCCAAUGCAUCUGAUUUGUAUACAACUAUAAAUGAUGGAUACUAUGA